GCGUCUUCGGGCAACCAUACAGACAACAACAAAGCACACAUCGCGAAGGGACGCGCUAGUUCACAAAUUUACUUUCCGAUUCGUUGAUGUGGUAUAAAAAUGACGAAUCUAGCUGUUUGCCGACUGUGUUUAACAGAUCGAGACCCAACCUUUCUCGAGUUGAAGCAGGACAGUGAUCUAAUCGAUACAAUCUUCAAUGUAUUAUCGUUCGAGCCCAUGCCGCAUUCAAUCGACACCAUUGUGCUGUGCCCAGAUUGCCAGCUCUUUCUGACGCAGGUGGAGCAGUUUCGCGAAGGUUGCAUCCAUAACGAUGAAAUAUUCCGUGAAAGAUUGCAGAGCGAAGAGUCGAUGACUACCGUGUACGUGAAGGAGGAUAACGUCGAUGGCCUGCGGGUGGUCAUCAUAGAGGAGGACGAAGCUCAGCAGCUCGGACUCAUCGAUGAGGCCGGUUUGGAGAAAGAAGUGGUGCAGCAAUCGUGGCCGGAUGAAGAGCAAGAGGUAAAGGAGGACGUAGCUCCCUCCAUCCCGGAAGAGAAGAACGAAAGCGUGCGACAAACCCGGCAAAGAAAAGCGAAACAAGUGGCACCGAAGCGGGAGCCACCGAAAAAGCCCCAAAACAAACCCGAAUUGGUGGUUAAACAGGAAGACAGUCCCGCGCCGGCGGCGGUACCCACCAAGCCCAAGCGAAAGUUUGUGGCGGCCACCUCCAAUCGCUACCUGCCGUGCGUGCGGUGCGGUAAGAUGUUACGGCGCAGCAACAUGGUCAAGCAUCUGGAAACGCACGAUCCGAAACCGCCGCAGCUGUUCUGCUCGUACUGCGGGAAGCAGUACCGUGAUCCGAACCUGCUCAAGGUGCACAUCAACAGCCACCACACGUUCGAGCGGAAGUACGAGUGCGAGGAGUGCGGGAAGGUGUACUAUCGGCCGAACUCGCUCCGAGAGCACAUCCUCGCGAACCAUUCGAAGGAGCUGCGGUACGAGUGCAAACAUUGCGGGAUGAAGUUUAGCAACUUCUCGAAACGGACCUACCAUUACGCUACGGCGCACUCGGAGGCGAGACCGUACAGCUGCCAGUACUGCGACAAAGCGUUCAAGCUGAGGAGCGACUGGACGCUGCACGUGCGAACGCAUACGGGCGAGAAGCCAUUUUCGUGCGACAUAUGCGGGAAACGGUUCAACAAAAGCUACAACGUUACCAUCCACAAGAAAUCGCACCGAAACGAAGAAGCGCGGAAAGCGUUGAAGGAAGCGAAAGCACAAGCAUAGAUUGUAUGGUUUACUUAUUGGUUUAGUUAAUCCGUCGAUCAGUUUUACGCUUUGGGUCACUCAUUUGUAUUAAGAUAUUUUUUCAAGACGCAACAUUUUGCAAAGGUCAAUAAAGUUAAACAAAACUAAUAUAAUAGUUGUAACCAAG